AUGUAUUGCACUGGUGAACACUAUGAGUGUGUGCAUGGAUCAAGUUUUGCAAUUAAUUGUCGUGACUACAUGUAUUGCACUGGUGAACACUACGAGAUGUUCUCUUGUUCGCCAAAUACGCGCUGGGAUGCCCAGGCUAGGCAGUGUGUGUUCGAUACUACAUGUGCAAUUUCUCCAUAUCCAUCUCAGGAAGCCUGUCGAGAAGGUGAUGGCAUCCCUUCAGUCGAUUGUGUGAGCUACCAAAUAUGCUCUAAAGGUUCUUAUAUCACAGCUGCAUGUUUGGAUAACCAUGGGUAUCCUGCUGUUGCUUGCUCCCACUGCUUCUCACCAGCCGAUACCUAUCCAGUCGACCAAUUGACAUUCCCGGGACAAUGCUUACCUGGUGAGCAACUUCCUCAUCCACAGGAUUGUGCGGCGUACUAUGUCUGUUACGAACAAAAUUGGCUCUACAGAAGAUGCGAGCAAUCAGGAACAGUUUACGAUUCUUCUUCACAAUCUUGCGUCAAUGGCCAAUGUUCAUCUUCCGUACAAGUGCAAUGCCGAAAUGGAGAAAGAAUAAUUCAUAAAGACCCUUUGAUGUGCAAUCGCUUAACUGAAUGUCGUCAUGGUUCCUGGGUGGAUCUCCAAUGUCCAAAGGGCUUCAUUUAUGACCCAAGCACUUUCAAUUGUGUUCGGGGCCAGUGCCAAGGAACUCAACGAUAUCCUGAGGUUCUACCACCACCUAGUAUUCCUUUACUGCCAGAUGCGAUGCUAGGUCAAAGUGGCCCAGCCCCUCCCCCAGUUCAUCUCGAAGAGGGGAUACCUGAAUUUGUCGCUCCCUCAUGUUAUGGAAAUAUUCGAGCACCCGACCAAUAUGACUGCUCUAGAUACUGGGAAUGUGGUUCUUCUGGAAAAUUCCACAGCGUGGUGUGUCCCAAUGGGAAGAUCUAUGAUUCUAAGAAGAAAGUUUGUGUAAAAGGGACUUGCUUUAAUGGUGAUUGGAUUGAAGCUCGAUGUGAUCAUGGGAAACAGUUUGUUAAUGGCAAAUGCAUCAACGAUGAUUGUCAUAGAAAAUAUUCUGAUGAGGAAUACUACUCAAUGCUCCAUUGCCAUAGUGGUGCAGUUCGAGCAAAUCCACUAAACCCAUCUUCGUAUAUGUUUUGUGAAUAUGGUACUUGGACAGAAAGGUCCUGCCAAGAGGGAGCAGUUUUUGACUGGAAGGUAGGAGGUCAUCUUAUUGCUAAAUCAGUUGGCCAAGUCAUACCUUUUCUUGCCAGCCCCCUCAUACUCUUUUUUAUUUAUGUUUGCCCAAAAAAUAACCCCACGGGCGCUCAUAACUCAUAAGU